AUGAACUACUUUUCCUAUUUGUUCAUUCUUGUCAACUUCCUCAUAGCUUCGACUUCGGCCUUGUUCAUGGACUUGCCAGCGCUUCCAAACCCGGAACGUGUGUGUGUGCGUGACUUCGUGCAAGAAGAGCAGUUAGUUGUGGUGAACAUCAAGACUGACGGUAGAGUUGGAGAUGGUCAGAGAUUGGAAUUGCAGAUUGUCGAUUCCAUUGGUAAUAAGCACAGACAUAAGCAAGAUGUCGCUGGUACUUACAGAGUUGCUUUCACCAGUCACCACAAUGCUGCCUUCGAUGUAUGCUUCACCAACCACGUAGACAAAUCAUACAAGGGCCAUAACGGUAAGUUCUCUCGUGAAAUUGAGUUGGAAAUCGAGUCUGGCGCUGCAGCCAGGGACUGGAACGCCAUCCAGGCCACUGAAAAAUUGAAGCCUAUUGAACUUGAGUUACGUAAAGUGCAAGAAAUGACAGAAGAAAUCGCCACCGAGUUGCAAUACUUGAAGAGAAGAGAAGAAAGAAUGAGAGACACCAACGAAUCCACCAACUCCAGAGUGAAAUGGUUUUCCAUCCUUGUCAUCGUCUCGUUGGUAGGCUUGGGAGGCUGGCAAAUUCAAUACUUGAGACACUACUUCAAGGUCAAGCAUAUCAUUUAAUCGGAGCUUGCAGCCACUGGCUUGAAAAUGUUGAAUGUAUGCUUUUCUGAAAACUGUAUCAUAGAUCCAUGUCCGUAUUGUGUUAUCGCUUAACGAACGAUAGGGAGAAUGUGAAGAUCAGCUCAUUCCUCAUGAUGUGUUCUCCUUUAUUACUAUUCCUACCUUUACAAUAUACAUACAACAUCUAAAA